AUGGACAACUUACAACAACAAGAACAAAAUACAAUAGCUUACAGUUACUUCGUUGACGAAUCCGGCAAGCUGCGAGUCAAGUCACAACACGUAUUGCUUGUUAUUAUUAUACUAGUUUGCCUCUUGGUCUUCCAUUUUAGGCACAAGAUAAUCGAAUUACAUGACAGAUAUAGAACAAGAUCAAGAAUCGAUAGCGGGUAUUAUUCAAAUUUGCAAUCAUUUGAAGACGACGUUGCCAGUGGAUUGAGUAGUUCGAAUUUUGAUCUAGAAUCCAACAACAUUGCUACAAACGACAACCGAGCUGGUUUAUCGGAAUCAGCAAAAUUGCAAAUAAAAAAGAUCAUGGAAGAAAAAGGUGUCAGCUUUGAUGAUGCACGGUUGGAAUAUACUCGGAAUGAGCUUAGCAAAAACAAUAUAGACGAAAACGGGGUACCUAGAGACCCCAAACUAGUGAUGUUCUAG